AGUGGAAAGUCCUAGGGCAUGGUUGGAUAAUGGAAUCUCGUCACAGAACAAGAAACUCUAGAGAAGAGACUGGAAGGGCAGAGGAAAAUAUUCAUCCCUGAUCUCACCCGCCUUCUUGCUUGGUCGGAAGAUCGAAGAACCUCUUCAGAGCAAGGAAGACCUGAUCGAUUCUUUAUCACUCGAAGUUCGUCAAACUCGAAUACACCAACUCCGAUGGACUUCAAAGCUCUGUUCUUUUCGCCCCAAAUCCUCCCACAACCUCACAAAUUACCAGUCCCGUUCUUCCCUUUUCCUUCAAUAAAGCUUCUCAAUGAGAAUUUUAAAAGGGGGAAGAUCGUGAUUCCCAGGGCCAAAGGCAUCGGUGAUGCUGAGCUCGCCGCAGAAUUAGCAGAAGGGAUAACCAGGAGAAACAACCAAUCCGUACGGAGGAAGGAGGCUAUGAAGAAGAGUAGACAACUCUUAUUUGAAGAAUUGUGUGGUUACCUUCAAUUGACGACGGAGGAGGUUGAGAAGAGGUGGCGAAAGGUCGACGAGGAAGAGAAGAUGUCCCUGGUGCGAGGUUUUGUCUCUGAGUGGGGUACUGCUUUCCAUCCCUUGUCGUCAAAGUCUGUUAUGGAAUUAGUGGAAGAACACUUGGCCGAAGAAGAGAACCCCACCCCCAUUUCUAACCCUUCUCUCAUCUUCCCUGGUUUGAGAAAGAUAAUGGGUUUCUAACCAGAGACUCAAACACUCUUGUUCAUGUUUAAAUCUAACAUUUUUCCUUCCUAUUUCUUA